CUCUUUUUAUUCAACAGCAUGCCGUCAUUUACAGAACAGCUGCUACUGACUUUAUACCAGCGAUCUCAAACCAGCAUCUACAGCAACAUCCAGAGGAGAAAACCCGCGAACCAUGAGUGCUGCUCACCGUGAAACAAGCUUGGAAACCAAACUGGCUGCGCUGCAGUGCCACUUCACCUGGGAUCUACAAACCAAUGACAACGAACAUGCUCGUAUCCGGGACGGGCUGCUGGAUAUCGGCACUGACGAGAGAAACCAAUGGCUGGGUCACAUUUACAAUCUGCUGGGUUACAUCCACUUCCUCCUGAAAUGCCCUGAUGAUGCCAGGAAAUACUUCACGAGGGCUGCGGAGGCCUUUUGCCACACAAGGGGAGCAGAUGAGGGUCCCUGGCUGCUGGUGAACUAUGCUAAUGUGGCUUGGCUGCAUUACCACAACGGAGACGAAGCAAAGAGUCAGGAAUGGUUGUCAAAGGCUAAUGCACUGUUAGAAGAAUACCAAUCUUCAUCGCAGCACAACUUACACGCAGAGAUCUAUGCUGAGAAAGACUGGGCUCUGCUCAAGUACAGAAGCAAGAUAGAAAGGUCGCUGGCUUCAGAUUACCUCCAAAAAGUCAGCGAGAUGCAGCCGGACAUGGUGGAGUGGUAUGUCAACUUUGUGUCAGCCAGUCUUAAUUAUCCAGAGACCUGUCCAGACAUGUUAGAGAAAAUGAAAAACGCCAAGAAAAGGGAUCCAGAGAACCUGUUCCUCGCUGCUCAGUACCUCAUGGUGCGGGCCAGGAAUGGAGAACAAGUUCUAGAUAAAGUACGCAAAUUGGCCACCAAGAUUAUGAGAAAUCCUGUCAGCAGUUAUAGUGGGUUAAAGACAAUACUUACCAUUUACCAAAUCUAUGACUCUGUGGAUGAGGCAAUUGCUUUGGCAGAGGAGGCUCUGAGAAACCAUCCAGGUGUCCGUUAUUUAAAACGAUGUGCUGCACUGUGUUAUAAAUGGAAGGUGAUUUCACCAAACAGUCACCCAAUGUCAAACCAAGAAAUAAAAAGAGCGAUCGACCUCCACAAAGACGUGAUUUCUCUCUACCCAGAUUCUUCAUUUGUAAAGAAAAUGGACCUUGCAACCAUAUAUACAAAGUCAGCUCACUGCUCAGAUAAGGCUGGGGAGAUUUUCCAGGAGCUGUUAGAAAGUCGCCUGGAACCUCCAGAAAAACAAGUUCUGUUCAACAUCUAUGCAAAACAUGUGUUCUUCCAUCUGAAAGACAGAAACAAGUCAUUGCACUACCACAUAAAGGCAGUAGAGAUACCAGAAGAGUCAUUAUUUCGAAGGCACAGCAUUCGAGAGCUGCACAAAGCCAUGAACAGAGACAACAACCAUCCCAUGCGUGGUGAAAUAGAAGAGUGUCUGAACAAGCUGCAGAUACACUUUGAUCCACUGGAUCCAGAAGAACUUUCUGGAUCUGUAUAGAACUUUACCUGCUCAUAGAUAUUACCAUCACUAAAAAUUCAGAUUGAUCAAGAACUGUAGACAUUCCAAUUUAAUUCAUGUGUGAAAUACAUAUACAUUCCACCUUGAGUUCAGCUGUUUAAUACAGAGCAGGUUUCAAGGGUCUGAGCGAUGAUUUAAGUCAACAUAUCUUUCAUAUUUUUAUAUUUUAUAUUUUUAACCUGUAAUAUUGUAUAUUUGAUCUGUAUAUUGUGUUACUAUGAUCUAACUUAGUAACACAUUCAAUGAGAUUCUCUUUUUAAAAUCUUUUCAGUGUCUACCAUUGUUCCGUAUAUUGUUGAUUGUGAUGUGUAAUCAAACAUGAAAUGUGUGUUUUUGAAGUAACCUUGAGCUUUUUGAUGAUGAUUAUUUUUUUUAGACAAAGACUUUACGUGUUUCCAAAAUUGUACUCCAUUAGUUAGUUGAGAAAAAAAAAGUUUUGAAUAUUGGGUAAAAUGUAUUGUAAAACCUAGCA